GCCCCCCGGGACUCCGGGGCUGUGAUGAGCCCCUGCAGGCGGGCCCGGCGACACACGUCCAGAGGGGCCAUGGCAGUCCUGGCGUGGAAGUUCCCGCGGACCCGGCUACCAGUGGGAGCCAGUGCCCUUUGCGUCGUGGUCCUCUGUUGGCUCUACAUCUUCCCGGUCUACCGGCUACCCAACGAGAAGGAGAUCGUGCAAGGGGUGCUGCAACAGGGCACGGCGUGGAGAAGGAACCAGACGGCGGCGAGAGUCUUCAGGAAACAGAUGGAAGACUGCUGUGACCCCGCCCAUCUCUUUGCUAUGACUAAAAUGAAUUCCCCCAUGGGGAAGAGCAUGUGGUAUGACGGGGAGUUUUUAUACUCAUUCACCAUUGACAAUUCAACUUAUUCUCUCUUCCCCCAGGCAACCCCAUUCCAGCUGCCCUUGAAGAAAUGCGCGGUGGUGGGAAAUGGUGGGAUUCUGAAGAAGAGUGGCUGUGGCCGUCAAAUAGAUGAAGCAAAUUUUGUCAUGCGAUGCAAUCUUCCUCCUUUGUCAAGUGAAUACACUAAAGAUGUUGGAUCCAAAAGUCAUUUAGUGACCGCUAACCCCAGCAUAAUUCGGCAAAGGUUUCAGAAUCUGCUGUGGUCCAGGAAGACUUUUGUGGACAACAUGAAGAUCUAUAACCACAGUUACAUCUACAUGCCUGCCUUCUCUAUGAAGACGGGAACAGAGCCAUCUCUCCGGGUUUAUUACACACUGUCAGAUGUUGGUGCCAAUCAAACAGUGCUCUUUGCCAACCCCAACUUUCUGCGUAGCAUUGGAAAGUUCUGGAAAAGUAGGGGAAUCCAUGCCAAGCGCCUGUCCACAGGACUCUUUCUGGUGAGUGCGGCUCUGGGCCUCUGUGAAGAGGUCGCUAUCUAUGGUUUCUGGCCCUUCUCUGUGAAUAUGCAUGAGCAGCCCAUCAGCCACCACUAUUACGAUAACGUCUUGCCCUUCUCUGGCUUCCAUGCCAUGCCAGAGGAAUUUCUCCAGCUCUGGUAUCUUCAUAAAAUCGGUGCACUGAGAAUGCAGCUAGACCCAUGUGAAGACACUUCACUGCAGCCCACUUCCUAGGGACCAUGGAAAAAAGAAAGAACUGAGACAGGGUAUUUUUGUUAGGUUUUCUACAUGACUCCAAAAGGUCAAGUCAUUCCAUGGAUUCACAUGGGCCACUUGGAAAAAUAAGACAAAACAACUAUAAAAACCCAAGAGAAACUUUACUUUGGAUGUUGUCUUGGAGGACAAAUAAGAAAUGAAACAUCCUGUGAAAUAUUUUGUAGCACAUUGUGGAUUUUCAACCAGUAACAUGCUGAUGAGGUGAUGUUGGUGAAGCACAUUUUGGUGGUUCAAAUCUAGAAGAUGCAGUUCACAAGACAGAGCUCUAAUUGCUGCAGUUGAGGAAUUAAUCAAGGGAGAAUAAAGGAAAUGCCAGGCAAAGUGUUACUGAUUAUCAACACAAUCUGGCUUUAGGGGAAACAAACAAACAAUCAAACCUAUCUUAUAUCUUAGAAGUAUAGGUUUUUAAAUAAUGAUUAUUUAUUUUUGCCCUAUUUAGGGGCAGUGAGUGGGUGAUGAGGUAGAUUUAAAAAAAUCCCUUACUGAGUAAUAAAGAUAUAAAACACUACAGCUAAUUAUUGUGAUUUGUUGAACCAAGUCUAUGUUAACUCUAGUCUCCUUCCAUUUAAAAAAUGUUAAGAAUUGCUUCCUCCCCUUCUGUCAAGUCUACUUAGACAAUGUGAAACAUUGUUGAAUUUAGACUGUGUUGAUUCAUACUCUGGAUAACAUGAGCCACUUUCCCUCCUCAGAAUUGAGGGCAUAAACUCAAUUUUAGGUCUGCACUAUUUAAUGCUGUUUGUAUUAUUAUGUUAUUUUAGUGCAAAAGGACUACAAAUGUGAGUGCAUUAUUUAUUUGCAAAUUGGCAUAAUUGUCUUCAUAAUUUAAUACUCAGAUAAAGUAAAGCACAAUGAUGUAAAGUUUAGUCACAAAACAGACUGGAAGGCACAUCCCUUUUCUGUCUACCAUGGUAUACUCACUCCAGGAUACAUGCACACAAAUAAAACGUAUAUAUUCAUGUACACACAUACUCACACAUACACACAAUUAAACAAAACUCAUUCCCACACAACUCCGAAAGCUGUACCCGCAUGACCGAGUCUGGAAAAAUCUGUCAUCAUUGUUGAAAAGCUACAGUUGAAUUAUCCACUACCCAAUACUCACUACCCCUUGACAUAGGACAAGCCAGCUCACCUGUUGUUGCACAUAAAGCUCACAGCAGCGUGACCCCCACAUGCUUACCCCAAAUGAAUGGAAUUGUUUUGCUCAUUCUGACUCUCCCUAACAUUUCAAUGGACCCUGUGUUGAGCAUGGUCACAUACAUGUGGUUCAUACAAGUAAAGGGAUGUGAAUUCACAGAUGUGGAUUUCCUUGGUAGUAGUAGGUAAGGCCACUUAGAAAGCUUUUAUAUAAGCUUCGACAAACUGCAAACAAACUCCCCUGACAGAUUAUAAACAGUUAAGUGUGUUUAUGUGUGCAAGGAAGGUAAAGGAAACCUUUCACUGUCUUUGUUCUUUGGAAUGCCUUAAUCUAAAAGGAGACACUAGAAAUCACUAUUUUUAUUCGUUUAAAUGUCACCAAAAUGUAGGAAAACUAUGCCAAAAAGUUCUGCUCAUUUUUAAUGGUAGAAACUUAGUCUACCAUAUCAAUUAAAACAGGUGGCAGUUUUUGGUGGGUUCAUUUAAAAGCAUUGAGACAACAGAGCCCUUGGAAAAAUUCUGUAUCACCACCAGAAUAAGCAAUUUCUAAGUAAGACUAAAUUUUGAGGUUCUUAUAGAAAUCAGCAGUUUAAAAAUGACUGGUUGACAUGACACAUAUUAUACAGAUGCUUGGAGAGUUAAGAAUUUGAGAAUACUGAUUCCGUACAGGACUGAUUUGUUAUUUUGAUCUAUAUGGCAGCAAAAACGUGAUGAGAAUGUACUAGGAGUGAACUCUGUUGAAUACAGGAUAGAUAUGAAACCCUAAACCUAUUUCCUUUUUAAAGCCAUUGUUAUUACUUAAUAAUUACCAUAAAAAGGAAUCUAUUUUUACCUAUACACUUCAUCAAAAAUGUAAAAGUGCUAAUGAAGAACCUGUGUCCUGCAAAUUAGCAUUUUAACUGAUGAAGUUGUUAAAAUGUAACUAAAGAGCUCCAUCAAGCCCAUGCAUCCCAGUUCCACUGAAGCUGCCCUUUGGAAAUUGAACAUCUUGUUAUGAUUUCUGGGAUAGAUUUACACAAUGAAUUGUGCAAUUUUCAGACUAUAAAUUUGUGGCUUCCGAAAGGCAGAACAGAAAUCGCCCAAGAUGAUAAUGUUGAAUUAGACCAGUACUUCUCAGCUGGGGUGGUUCCCCUUCCCUAUCCGGUGACAUUCGGCAGUGUGUAGAGACAUUUUUGAUUUUUGUGAUUUGGAGAAUGCUCCUGGCGUUUAGGGGACAGAGGCUAGGGAUCCCACUAAACACCCUACACUGGAGAGGUCAGCCGCUCACAGGGAAGGAAUAUUUAAUUAAUAUUAAAAUAUUAAUAGAGUCAAGGUUGAUAAACCCUGGAUUAGACCAAAAGAAUGCUUUGAUUCCUCCAAAUUGUCUUCACUUAGGGACACCUAUACAUGCUCACAUCAUUUGGAAUAUGACUACAGUUGAAUGAGAAUGGUUUCUUAGAGUAGAUUACAGAUGGCAUUAUUUUAUAUUGACUCAAAGAUAUGCCAUACAUAUUCCUUUUUCAUGGUUAGAUAGAGGUAUCUAAACUAGGAGUGUGACUAUCCUUGUGUGUGUAUGUGUGUGUGUGUGUACGCACAUGUGUGUUGUAGCAUAAAGUCAUACAUAUCUAUCCUUAUUGAAAUAUAUGUUUUCUAAGUGACACUCUCUCCAGAAUUAUCUUGCAGAAGAGACUGGAAUACUCUGUUACUGUUAAUUAUUUGAACUCAAAGCACCUGUUAUUUUAUUCUCUUUAUCUGGAAUGGGGCCUCAUACUUUGCCAAAUUUGGUCAAUGACAUGUUAAUACUAAUGAUCCAUAAGAUUAGCUCAGAAGAUAUUCAGGUGAUGCUAGACAUACUCAGUAAGAAAAUUUUUCAUUGUCUUCAAUGCAUCUGCCAAGAAAGUGUGUCAACCUCUAAUAUCGGUCUAAUUUUGAAAUUGCUUUUUAUUGGCAAAAAUUAGUUUUCUCCCUGGGGACAAAAGAGGGAGUGACGAAACUGGCAUGGGUACCUGACUUGAUUUUUACCUUUUAUCAGCUCCCUCAGUCCCAGUUUGAGAAUUGCUUUGACGCUCAGGACCAUAAGUAAGGGUGACCUCUGUUUAAUUUAGUUACAUUAGAGUAAAAUUAAUAUAGGUGAAGGAUUAGGUCAUUCUCUAAGACAGAAAAGUGAUUUUUUGUAUGAAAGAUUUUUGUAUGGAAGAGAACAAUGGAUACAUAUACUUUAAGUAGAGUAUUUGAUCAACAGUUUAUAUAAACAUCUAAACUGCAACCAAGACAUGAAGUUAAAGAGGGCCCAUGGGAUUUUGUUUCUAUAUAGUUCACUUCUAAUUUAAAAAGGUAAAUAUUCCAAAAUGAUACAAAGGACCCCAAAUGAUAGAUACCCAGACAACACCUGUUUGGUUUUGUGAUGCCUGAUGCCCUUGGCUACAAGACUAAUUUUAGGUUAUACGUAACUUGUACCUGAAGCAGUGGGCAACAUAACUUCACAAUCUAUGUGGAAAACAAUGGAAGAAAUCCCAGGAUUCUGAAUUUGACAAAUAUAUUCUUAAAUUAUUCAGAAGCUUUACAGAAGUGUUAGAGAUGAUUCUGAAAUAGAAAAAAAUAUCAAGAACAUUUCUCUGGUCAGCAACUGUCACAGUUUUUAUAAUGUAUUAUAUACAGCUUUCUAUUUCUUUGAAAAAUAAGACUCCAUAAUUUUAAUUUUUAUGUUUAAAAAUAGUGGCUUUGUGAAAUUUUUAAUGGACAAAUCCUUGUUAGGAAGGACCUAAUACAUAAAAAACAGCACAGUCCACCAAAAACUUUAGGGAAUUCUGAUUGUGUUGUACAAAAAUGUUCCCACCAGAACCAGGUAAUAGUUUCUGCUCCCUUUAUAGAGUCCCAGGGAUCAAGAGCUGUAAAGACUUUUGUGAGAAC